GAGUCGACUCCGGCGGUUAGUGAGGGAUGUACCGAGCAUCAGGGAUGUGACUCACUGGUUUAGACAGAUUUAUUAAUGGAGUUCAGCAGCAGGACGGAAUAGAAAGCGACAAUGGAGUCGGUAGAGUUAAGGAUUAUUAAACGUAUGAGAGUUUUAUUUUAAAUUACAUUCCUGAGGCAACGCUGAGGAGAGGAACUGACACACUGCUGACACACUACUGACACACUACACACACACUACACACACACUACACACACUACACACACACUACACACACACUACACACACUACACACACACUACACACACACUACACACACACUACACACACACUACACACACACUACACACACUACACACUGCCUCAGCUGUGUGAUAAACACCAACGGAAAUGGAGCUUUUUGUGUGGAUUUCGGUGUUAAUGGCGAUGACUGGACCGAGUUAUUCAGCUGAUGAGUGCAGCUGGAGGGGAAGUGGUCUCGCUCGGCCCGAGCAAGGUGUUGAACAGGUGUUCCUGCGCUGUGCCGAAGGCUCUGUUGAGUUCCUGUACCCCAAUGGAGCCCUGCGUCUCACGCUCUUGCCCCGCUUACCGAAACAUAGAGUGGGCGGGACCAGCGGGUUGCCCUCAUCGGUCUGUGUUAAGCCAGAGCCUCAGUGGGGUGGGGCCCAGCUUUACCUGGAAAAAGGUGGCAUCCUCGAGCUACUAGUGAGUGACACGCCCGGUCCCUCCCAUAUUCGCUGUUUUAGCAUCACUCCUGGGGAAAGCCCCGCCCUGUUCCUGCAGGCCACGCCCCACAGCGACAUCAGUAGGCGCAUCGCAGCAUUCCGCUACGAGUUAAGAGGGGACCGGACAACGAGGCUGUCUGUCGACUCUGUGGAUGCUGAAGUGGAUGCAGAAGAAGGAGCAUGCAGGCCGUGUAAUGACACAGAGAUGCUGAUGUCAGUGUGCACCAGUGACUUUGUGGUGCGUGGGAAUAUCCGUUCGGUGGACGCAGACUCGGAGCAGCGUGUGUCAGUGAUCAGGGUGAGCGCUACGCGUGUGUAUCGUCAGAAGUGGCCUCUGUUCUCCAGCGUAGGCCGCCUUACAUACUCCGGAGAGAUCCGCACCUUGUUGCGCUGCGGCGUCCGCGCCGGCUCCGGAAGCUUCCUCUUCACCGGACACGCCCACUUUGGGGAGGCGUGGCUUACCUGUGCUCCAAGGUACAAGGACUUCCUGAGAGUGUAUGAGCGUGCCAAGCAGGACCUGCAGAUCCCCUGCACCCUCAACACAUGACGCUGAUCGAGGCAGGACUAAGGAGAGAACAAGACAAAACAUCUUCAUCUUCACAGAGAGAGAGAGAUAAAGAGAGUGAUACAAAGAGAGAGACAUCAAAAUCUUUAUCUUUAUGGACUGAGAUACAAAAUGAGGUCCUCAUGGAGAGAGACACAACGUCUUUAUAAAGAGAUACUACACGGCGUUCUCAUGGAGAGACACAAGGCAUCACACAGAGAACACUGACACCAUGUUACUUAGACAGAGACACAAAUAUGUGUGGUUUAGACUUGCUAACACAGACAGAGGUCAUGACUGUGUGUGUCUCGUGUCUCUUGUCUCUUGUCUCUCCGUAAGGUGAAGAUGUGCAGUGAGACUUGAUGUGACGCCUCAGGACAUGGACACAUAAGCUAUAAGACACAGACACGUAGCGGACUCGCUCGUCAGUAUUCAAACUGCUCACGGGUUAAAGAUCUAAAAUAUGAAUUUGCACUGAGGAUGAGGAGGGAGCUGAAACCAAAUGAAAGCAGACAAUAUGUAGCACACACACACACACACACACACUCACACACACACACACACACACACACACACACACUCAUCAGCUUGUCUGUGAAGCUAGCAGUAGGUUUGUCCCAAACAGUUUAACGUUCGACUGACAGAAAGAUCAGAUGUUGAAGCACUUUCACUGCACCUCCGUUCAUGCCACUUAAAUACCUUUUAUUAAAGUGUUUAACUGAAGCUGAUGUUUAUUACUAUUCUUCUUUGGAAAAACAGCUGGAUUUUAUGUAUUUGACUUGUUUUUGUUUUUUUUAAGAUGUAAGAAAGAUAUUUAAUUAUUGAACCUGAUAAAGAUUUUCUGUGUUUUUGUAACACAGAGAGAAGUUCAGAGAGAAGGAUUAUAAUUUACAGUAUAUACAUGAUACAUCAUGAUAUUCAUCUCACUGUUCAGUUCACGUGUGUGUGUGUGUGUAUGUGUGUGUGUGUGUGUGUGUGUGUGU